AUGACAUACCUUCUUCAAGAAAGGAAUGAUCUUGAAGUUAUCGGAAUGCGUGUUACUGGCUCGACCAAGGUCUAUCCUUCGUUCCCGUUCGGCGUGCCAGACAAGAAGAGGGACAAGCCUUUGAGCAAGUACCUAACGCAGGAUGUAGCCAUUGAGGGACAGGUGCGGAUCACUCUCAAUCCUGACGUCUUUUUGCGGGCCACCACUGCUCGAAUGUUCACCUUCUCGGCGGAUCCCACCUUCCACAAGAAUCGCGCUGAUUUCCAGGAAGAGCUGAAGUCCAUGCUGGAGCCCAUCUUGGGCUCAGAGGCCGUGCGCCGCAAGGCUGCCAAAGGCAUAUUCGGAGGAGAUCCGCCGGAGUGGUGGUCUGCCGAGGAUCAAAGUGACCUGGCAAAGAUGUCCAAGGGCCGCUAUGCAUCUUCAGCGCUUGACGAAUAG